AUGGGUCAGCUCCAACGAUGGAUAUAUCCUGCCGGUUUGCUGUGUUCUGUGAUUCUUAACGUAGUUUUUGUGGUGCUGUACGUGCAAAUGAAUUCGAAGUGGAAGCCGGAUUGGAGCAAAAGUGCAGCAAAAGAAGCAGAAGCAGUGGCGGCAGUGACAUGCUCAGGCCAUGGAAGAGCAUACUCGGAUGGUUUGGUUGUUGAUGGAAGCCCUGUUUGUGAGUGCAAUACCUGCUUUGAAGGCCCUGAUUGCUCUCAGUUUUCACCUCAUUGUGCUGCAGAUGUUGAAAGUGGGGAUCCGCUGUUCUUGGAGCCCUUUUGGAUGCAGCAUGCAGCCAGCAGCGCAGUGGUAGUAAUGGGUUGGCAUCGAAUGAGCUAUUCAUACAGUGAUCGUUCUACAAUCUCACAAGAACUCGACAAGCUCAUCCGCAAACUACAUGCUCUUGUUGGAAACGCAAACGUAACAGGCAGAUUCAUCGUUUUUGGGGCCGGCUCUACCCAGCUCCUCAAUGCUGCAGUUCAUGCCCUUUCUCCCCACAACUCAUCCGAACCAGCCAAAGUUGUUGCUACAAUCCCUUACUACCCGGCUUACAAGUCACAAACGGAAUUCUUCGAUUCUGUGCAUUUUCAUUUUGAAGGAGAUGCAUCCAUGUACAUGAACAGUAGUACUUCAAAUACCACUUCCACUUUCAUUGAGUUCGUGACUUCGCCCAACAAUCCUGAUGGGAAGUUGAGUAAGGCAGUUCUUCGGGGCCCUAAUGUCAAAGCAAUAUAUGAUCGUGCCUACUACUGGCCUCAUUUCACUCCAAUUCCAGCCCCUGCAGAUGACGAUCUCAUGUUGUUUACCAUUUCCAAGCUUACUGGUCAUGCUGGGAGUAGAUUCGGGUGGGCACUGGUAAAGGAAAAGGAUGUGUUCGAAGCAAUGACAACUUAUAUGAGCAGGAACACGGAGGGUGUUUCACGGGAUAGUCAGCUAAGAGCUUUGAAGCUUCUAAAAGUAGUGAUGGAAGGAAGUGGAAGGGAAAUAUUCGAAUUCAGUUCCAAAAUGAUGAAAGACCGCUGGGAUCAAUUGAACAAGACCUUAUCUGUCUCUAAGCAUUUCUCUCUCCAGGAAAUUACACCACAACGCUGCACUUUUUUUCAGCAAGUCAGGACACCUUCUCCAGCUUAUGCGUGGUUGAAGUGUGAGAGAAAAGAAGAUAAAGACUGUCCUGCAGUCAUCAGAGAAGCUGGCAUCAUUGGGCGUAAUGGUACUCUCUAUGGUUCUAAUAGUAGCUAUGUUCGGCUCAGCCUCAUCAAGACCCAAGAUGACUUUGAUAUAAUGCUCAACCAUUUGAACAAGCUAGUCACCAAGGAAAAGCAGACGUGA